AUGUCUACUUCCCAGUUCACACCCUUUGAAACUCUUGAGUUGAUCCACAAGUGGCUGGACGGACUUCGACAAGAGACUCCUUACUACGAAGGAAUUACGCAGACGGAUUUCGAAACGCAGUCUGAUGUUCCUCUACGCACCUUGACCUCUGAGGCAACCCUUGUCCAGAGGGAGCACCUAUCGUUGAGAUACCAGUACAGUGAUAGCCAGCCUGGACUUUACAUUCUUUCCGCAGAAAAUCCAGUGACACUUACACAGAGGCACCACAAGGACAAAGAUUGCAUGCAUAAGCGGAGGACACAAGCGGGAGAAGAAACGAGGAAGAGACGCCGUGAGAGACCAGGUCGUUCUCUUCCAGCGUCCGAAGAUGAAGAUCCUGUUCGGGCUCAAGCUGCAGCAUACCAAGAAAAUCCUAUCAUUCCAAGCGACAAACACGCACGAAGAAAGCGACGCAAGACUAGGGACGAUUUACGGAGUUCGAAACCGAAAAGAAAGCCCAAGGGUAUUGAAUACAGAAAGUCCGGUCGGACUUUGAAUGAAGAGUUUAAAGCCCCCAACGUCAGAUCGAAUCGACUAUCUUUGACAUCAGGCCGUGGACCUGGUGUUUUUGAUCAUUUGAAGAUAUCUGCCCACAGGCAGAAGCAAGACUUACCGGAUUUAUCUUUUUCCGAGAUGAGAUACCUUAAGAACAGACCUCACGAGCAGACGCCCGAAUGCGGGACAUCUGAGCUCGAAUUGCCAGUAAUGGCAAAGCCAUUACAUAAGAAGCGAAUACUGCUACAAACGCAGAGUCCGACGUCUGAUAUAUCUUGCUCGACAUCCCCUUACCGAAGGGCAACGUUUCCGUGGAUACGAUCCCUUACAAGGCCUUCAUCACCACUAUUUUGGACGACCUCUCCCAUCCUUCCCCGUCCGGCAUUCCAGGAGAGCCGGAAGACCCCAUCAAUAUCUCCUGAAAGUUCUGCCACAAAUCACUUCCUCCAGGAUUGGACUACAAAUGCAUUAUUGCAAGGUGCCGACUCAUUUUCUCAGAAUACCAAGCAGUGCUACUCAUUAGACGAUCUCAAAGCUUUAGCACGAGUCCGAACACUUUCCAGUGCUUCGCUUGAUCCCAGAGACGAGCAACGGAGCCAAGCCUGGCCUGCUCACUGGGGUUUUGAUAGCAUUGGUCAUGAUACAGAGCCUCGGAGCCAAGAGCAAGUUCCCGAACAACACCACAUUCAAGCAGCCCCGUACACAAUAUUGCAUGGAAACCCAGAGCUGAGCACCCAGAAGGUUUCCCAAGACGAUUUUCAGGUGCCGCAACGGGAACCACAAACACACUCCGCGCAACCAACAGCAAAUGCAACUUGCGAAGUUAGCCAGCCUACACCAUCACACAUUAGAACAGGGCCUCAGUACUCCAGUUAUUGGCCAUCUCUUCAGCCAAAGGAGACUGUGAGAGUACCUAUGGAUACCGAACGUGGCUGGCAUCGACAAUAUCAAGACCUUGAUAGGAACGAGGUAGCACGGUGGCCGGGUGAAGAUCCCUUUUGCCUGACAUCUGUCGACACCUACGACUCGCAUGCGUACGUGGAUUCGGUAGAGCCGGAGAAAGUGACGCCGGCCGCGGAUAUCUUAGAUCGACAUAGUCAAGCUUUGUCGGACGGCCUCGAUGAUUUUGACCUUGAACUAAUGCAGACGGAUCCUGUCAAUUUUCCUCCCUCGGAAAGAACAGGCGUAAUUUAUUUCCAGCACCAGGGAGGUUGGCAACGAGAAGAGGAAGACAACCGAGCAGUAACUCCAUUCGCUGUGACCACAACGUUGAUGACGGAGCCUCCGGUUUGGGUGGUCGAUGGGGAUGAGGAAAAUCAAACGAAGCUUAGAUGGCACUGGGACCAUUCAUCGACCAAGAUACAUCAGCCUUCAGCAAGGGACAGCUCUUGGACAACGCAAUCGGGUUACUAUGCGAGUUGUAGUACACUUCCACAUUUGCCACAGAAAGAAAGCCCUUUCAAGGGAUUUUCUCGGCCGUAUCCUUCUUUACAAGGGUUUGGUAGUUGUUGAGGGAUAUUUUUCGAUGCUUCCG